UUCCUACCUAGCUUUCUUCUCCCAACACAAACGAAUCUACCAUUCUCUCUCUCUCUAGUCUCUCUCCUCAGUCCCCGUUGAAUAACCGUUGUAUACGCAAGCAAAUUCAGAAUCUUGGCAUAACCAACCAGGCAUUUCAUUUCAUUUCCUGCGGCGGGCGGAUCAUGGCGUUGUUUCAGUCGGCCUUCCUUCUUUCCAUCCUCCUCCUAUCUCUUUCUUCUUCUUUGAUUCAGGCUUCCGAUAUCAACUACUGUAAUAAUAAAGCAAACUAUGAUGUUAAGGUCAAUGGAGUGGAGAUAUCUCCUUACCCUGUGUCAAGAGGUGUAGAUACCAUCUUCAGCAUAUCUGCAUCCACAGGUGAAGCUAUUUCGGAAGGUAAACUGAUGAUUGAUGUGUCAUACUUCGGAUUCCAUAUCUAUUCGGAGACUGAUGACAUAUGUAGUAAAACAAGUUGCCCCGUCUCUGCUGGUGACUUUGUUGUAUCCCACUCUCAAUCUUUACCCAUAUUUACUCCUCCGGGUACAUACAGUCUAACAAUGAAGAUGGAGGACGGAAAUAAACGACAAUUGACAUGCAUUCAUUUCGAUUUCAGCAUUGGAUUUGGAGCAACUGAAGCUGCUUUAGCUGCUGAUAUGUAAAAAAAACAUAAAAUGUCUUUGUAAGAAAUCGAGAUUCGCUGCGAAACAACUAGUUGUUUGGUACGCAAAUCUUUACUUGUAACAUAAACAUAUGCAUGAACUGAAUUGUCAAAACAUGCUUUUAUUUCAGCAGUGGUUACUCUAUUAUUAUUAUUA